GUUGGCAUUCAGUUACACAAUUAACAACACCAUCAUGUCGCAGCCAAGUUUUGAAGGUUCCUUCGAGGACAUUUCUGAAACUCAGUUGGAAUUCAUCAAAAAAGUUAUUGAAGAACAAGGAUUCCGAGACUGCAAAGUUACAUUCAAAGCCGCCGGUGCCGCAGGUGACAAUUAUUCAGCAAACGUGAAAAGAAUAAACGUAGAAGGAGAAAAUGGAUCGCUGUCCAUGAUUGCAAAAAUAGCUCCAACCAACGAGAUGGUUAGAUUACGUAUGGGAUCACAAUUCAGCUUUGGUAAUGAGUGUAUAAUUUACUCGGAAUUCCUACCAAAGCUGAGGCAGCUACAAAAUCAAAUUAACACCCCAGAAGAAGACCUGUACAAAUUUCCAAAAUGUUACGGAGCAAACGCCGAAGCACCCAAUGAAGUUAUCCUACUUGAAGAUCUUAAAACCGAAGAUUACAAUAUGCUAGAUAGAUUCAAACCGCUUUCAGAUGAAUGUAUGAGAAGUGUACUAAAGAAUUUGGCUAUCUACCAUUCGCUCUCUUAUGUUUUGAAGAACAAAGAACCGGAUACUUUUAACUCUUUCAAGAAUAGGCUUAAAGAUAUGUGGGGAGCUAUGCUUGCUUUUCCUCCUGAAGCAUUGGGAUAUUUUAAUCAACUCGAAGAUUUUGCUAUAGGAGUGCUGGAUGACCCGGAGCACAAAAACAUUGUGAAGAAUAAAGUGACCGAGGUUAUUUCACGUGCUGAUAAAAUGACAAAAUUUGAAGAUGGAAGCCGAUAUGCUGUCAUCCAACAUGGUGAUGCUUGGGUUAACAAUAUCAUGUUCAAACUCGAGGGCGAGAGUGUAAAGGAUUCCAUACUCAUUGACUACCAAUUGUCCAAGAACUUUUCUCCGGCAUACGAUCUUCUCUACCUGAUCUUCAACUGCACUGAUCAUGAGUCCAGGGUGAAGAACUUCUACAACUGGUUGGACUACUACCACUCCGAGUUAGACAAAUCCUUGUCGAACUAUGGUCUGAAAGCCAACUACGUUUACCCAAGGGAUCAGUUAGAUGCCGAUUUAAAACGAUAUGGAAAACUAUCGUUUGGCUGUUGUAUACUCUUAACCAGUGUCUUGACGGCCAAUUCUGAAGAAGCUGCCAAGUUUAAGGAAAAUUUCGAUGCCAACGGCUUUGAUCAAGUGGCUGCACCUGAAGAUAUUUUCCAGAGUGAGACCGCAGCUCGGAUGAAAAAGCGCUAUACUGAUGUCAUUGAAAGUUUUAUUGAUUUUGGUUUAUUAUAAUUCAUUUUAUUGAGUUUUUAUAUUCUGUACUUAGGCAAUUACAAGUUUAAGAAGGAGAUUUGGCCAUAACACGUUAUUAUAAAAGAUAAUAUCAAGGUUAUCCUGCUUUUAGGAGAUGUUCUACAAAUUUAGAGCAAUCCAGUAGACAUAAACCUAUUAAAAAAAAGG